AGAACUGAAAAACGAUAUAAGAAAUUGAGACGACAUAUCCUAUAGUUUUAUUGAAAUUAUUCAUUUAGCGAAGUAUCGUAAUUCGAAAAGUAAUAAAUCUUUGAGGUCAUUUUAUGGUGACCGACCACAGUCCUUCACCAUCGAUGAUUCUGGAGAGCGGUAUUAUAUUGGUGCAGAGGUAGGACAAUAUAUGCGAUAUCAUCGUGGUUCUCUGUACAAAAGAUUUCCGCAGUUAUGGAAACGAAUGGCAACUACAGAGGAAAAACGAAAAAUGCAAGAGAUGGCCUGUCCUUCAUCAUUUCUAAAUACUAAUAUAAUGCUAGUGAAAGCUUCCGAGGUUGACGAAAUUUUCAUGGGUAACGAAGAGAAAUAUCGUGCAGGUGGAUCAGGUACAACCAGUGGAAGAACAGGACCAUGGUUAGGACAACAGGUUAGCAGUGGUUCUCAUCAUCUAGAAAGUGUGCCUUGUUCUACACCGGUCGCACAUGCAAGGGGUCAUAUUAAAACACGAGAUUUUGCGUCAUCACCAGAUGAUUUGGAACUCUACAGAAAGAUUUUGGAAAAUGCCAAUCAUACCGAAGAACUAGUUCCAAUAAGGUUAGACAUGGAAUUAGAAGGUGUAAAGCUUCGAGACACAUUUUGUUAUAAUCGCCAUGAAAAGUUAAUAACACCGGAAAUUUUAGCCGAAACAAUGUGUGAGGAUCUUGAUUUGCCCACAGGGACGUUUCAAAAUGCUAUUGCACAAGCAAUACAUCAACAGAUUGAGGCAGCUGGUGAAGCAGCACCUGUCGAUACGGCGUUAAGUGAUCAGCGAGCGCUUUUAAAAUUGAAUAUUCAUGUGGGCAAUCAGUCUUUGGUUGAUCAGUUUGAAUGGGAUAUGAGUGAAGAAAAAAAUAGCCCAGAAUGGUUCGCUUCAAAAUUGGCCUCUGAAUUAGGACUUGGAGGGGAAUUUGUUGCAGCGAUAAGUUAUUCUAUCCGAGGACAACUAUCAUGGAACCAAAAAACAUAUGCGUAUAGUGAGUCUCCCUUACCUACAGUGGACUGCCCAUUUCGAAAUCCUGUAGAUGCGGAUGCUUGGGGGCCGUUUUUGGAAACACUAACAGACGCUGAAAUUGAAAAGAAAAUGCGCGACCAGGAUCGUAAUACCCGUCGUAUGAGGCGCUUAGUAAAUGCCAAUCCGUAUGGUGGACUCUAA